UUCAUUGACUAGCGGCAUCGUUUGCAUUCUGUUCAUUGGCAAAGUAUAACUUCUCCUGCAUUCACAGUGUUGUGUUUCUUUUUUCAUUAUUUUUACCUUAGUUAUUCCGAUCUCACGAAGCCGACUGUCUGAUGCCAAGCAACAAUUGCUGUCAAAGUCACAAUAGCGGAACGCAUCGACGAGCGAUUAAAUUAUGGAUUUCGAUUUAAUAUUGGAAGAGAUCGGGCAGUUUGGAAGGUAUCAACAAACAAAUUAUCUGCUGCUCUGCUUGCCAGUACUUUUUGGAGCCGCCAAUUCUUUAUCGUACGUUUUCACAGCUGGCAUCCCAAAUUAUCGAUGCUUUGUUCCCGGUUGUGAUGAUGCAAAUAAUCCGAAUUACGACGAACCAUGGGUGAGCGCUGUUGUACCGGGCACCACUGAUUCGUCGGGAUUAUUUACACCUGAACAAUGCAAACGAUACGAUUUACCAUCAACCGAUGGCAACUCAACGUAUAUAUGUGGGCGCGAACUACCGGUUAAAAAUGUGAUUAAGUGCAAUCGCUGGGUGUACGACAAAUAUGAAAGAACCAUUGUCGAAGACUGGUCGAUAACGUGCAUGGAAAAUCAAUACUUAUUGGCAUUGGUGGGUACGGCCCAUUUCGCGGGCAUCGUCACUGGGUCUGCAGCAGCUGGCGUCCUAGCCGACAACUAUGGUCGUAAAAUAAUAUUUAUAUUGUCGACCAUUUUCAUGGCCAUAACGGGCAUCGGCCAGGCUAUUUCCAGCAACUACACUUCAUUCGUUUUCUUUGCUUAUUUAAAUGCGGUCGGGACGUCAGGGGUAUUCCCAUUGGCCUUUAUCAUUGGUGUUGAAAUGGUUGGACCGAAAAAACGUGAAAUGUCUGGCAUUAUCCUGAAUUACUUCUAUUCGGUGGGUGAAGCAUUAGUUGGAUUGAUAUUUUGGCUGUAUCCCGACUGGGUUAUACUGCAGUUGCUCGUUUCGGUGCCACCGUUGAUAUUCAUUGGCUAUUAUUGGAUCGUGCCUGAAUCGGUACGAUGGCUGUUGGCACGCAAAGAUUAUUCAAAAGCUCGAAAAAUCAUCAAGAAAGCAGCUCAUGUGAAUGGUGUCGAAUUAUCGGAACAAAUGUUACGGCAAUUUGAAUUAGAAUCACCAACGCACAGUGAAACUGAAGCCAGCAAGCAAAAAGAAUUAGAAGAGGUUGAUAAAGAGCAUGAACAUCACGAGGUAUGGCGAACAUUUAAAGAGGUUUUAAGUUCAAGAGUACUCGUGUUACGUGGCUUGAUACUGUUCUUCAUUUGGGCGACCGAUGCUUUUGUAUUCUACGGAUUAUCGUUGAAUUCGACGAGCUUGAGUGGCAACAAGUAUGUGAACUUUAUACUCGUGUGCUUAGUUGAAAUUCCUGGUUACACACUAUCUUGGAUUGCGAUGAAUAAAAUUGGAAGACGAUGGGCAUUGGCCGGUUCAUUACUCCUGUGUGCUUUCACCUGUGUCGCUGGUGGAUUUGUACCGCACGAAAAUACUUGGCUCUUGGUCAUGCUGUUCCUGCUUGGAAAGCUGGGUAUCACAUCGGCAUUCUCAACGUCAUACGUUCAUACGGCUGAAAUGCUACCUACCGUAAUUCGGUCGAUAGGAGUUGGAGCCGCUUCGACCGUCGCUCGUUUCGGUGCUCUAAUUGCACCAUUUGUACCACUCUUAAAUAAUUAUUAUCCGACAAUACCUUUGCCGCUCCUGUUAUUCGGAGGAGUUUCCAUGCUUGCCGGGUUGCUUGCUCUCGCUCUACCCGAAACUUUUGGAAGAAAACUACCCGACACGGCGGAAGAAGCUGAACGAAUCGGGGGAUAUGAUGACGCAGAUAUUGCCGAUAUUCACUUGAGUGUAAACUCCCCGAUGAAAUAAGAAGCGACAUGUAUUCAAAAUACAUGCAAAAACUUGAACAGCUAUUAAAACCUUUGUUCAAAGUUGGUCAUAGUUCAUCAGAUUCUUAGUAAUAUAGAAAAUGUUCUUACAACAUUGUGAUGAAUAUUUUUGCAACAAGAACAAAAAAUCAUCAAACCGUUUUAUAUAUACAUAUAUAUAUAUAUAUAUAUCUGUGUAAUCUGUGUAAACUAUUGGUUAGUUUUUUAAUUGGUGCAUAUUGCACAUACACACACAUACACAAUACGCCAUUCAGAGUUUUUCAAUAAAUGUACUUAACUGAUAACAAAA